GCUUUGUAUUGACUUGCAGUAAUGGCGGCCACCUCUCGGAGCGUGGAAAGUGUGACAGGACUUUUAGAGGACCGUUUAUCCACGUUGGGAUUCGAAGUUUACCCUCUGAAGGUUGGUUGGUAUAACUCGUUGCUGCCUGCCUCACUGCGUCUGGCCUUUCCAGAUGACAGCCUGGCUGUGGUGGUGCUCAGCACUCCUGCCAUGUUUGAACAAGCCUUCCUGCCAUUCAUGGAGGAGAGGGGCUGUCAGAGAGUGACAGACCCCAUAGACCAGUGUGUCAAACACUGUGUAACUUCAGCUGUCUCGCAGUGUUUUCCAGGAGAGAAGGUGGAUGUGAGGUUCGACUACGAGCUGCUUCCCAGCAGGAAACCAAAGUUCUUGGCACAGACUGCAGCUCACAUGUCUGGAGCAGCUUUCUACUACCAACAGUCUGAUGUCACAGACCAACCCUGGGCUGAAAGAAAGAUGUUUGGUGUGUGCGUGCAUCCGAGGUUCGGGGGCUGGUUUGCCAUCAGGGCUCUGCUGGUCUUUGAAGAUGUGACGCUGGAAUCCGAGGUGGUGCAGCCUCUUCCUCCUGACUGUGUGCCCACCAGAGAGGGCAGGAUACAGCUGCUGGAGGCUUUCAACUUCCGCUGGCAGGACUGGAGCUACAGAGACAUCAUCCCUCCAGUUCAGACCUACUCUCAGAAACAGAGGGACUACUUUAUCACUCCCCCCGCUCAGCGCUUUGCUCUUCUCAAGAGUUGGGGCUUCCUGCCGAAGGAAGACAACCAAUCUGACAGCAACUCGUACGCACAGAGCGAGAUGAGCGGACACGGCUAAGAGAGAGAAACAGCUGCAGUGUGGACGUACAGACGAGUGACAAAUUCAAGGAAAAAGGAGCAGAGAAACAGGAUGACAACACUCCCAUCCAAAGGUCCCCAGGGGUCAGUGAAUGGUGUGAUGUGUAUAAAAAUUAUGUGAAAUUACAUUCAAAGUCACCAGAUCUCCAACCAUGGUAGAUUUUCAACCGACAUGUUAAACAGCGUUCUCCACCACCACCAUCAGGACACAGAACAAGUGGUGUUUAUCCCUCCGGCAGAGUCCAGAGACUUGUAGCAUCAUUGCCAAGGUGAACUGAAGCUCUUCUGGGAGCUCGUGAUGGCUCAACCCCUGAAUGAGACUCUGUAAAGCUGUUUUCAGACAUGCACUGAACUGUGCAGAUCUCUGGAGGAGGUGCGUCUGUGGAGAAAACCUCCCACUGCGUUGUGCAUUUGUGAAAGGCACAGUGCGAGUAAAGUCUGGACCCAUUUCUCCAGACUUUACCCUCAGGUCAUGUCUGAAAACAGCUUAUGUUGCCUUUUCUUUUAAUUUGCCAUCCAUCUUUAUUUCCCAUUCACUCUGAGCACAAACCUUCGCUGCUUGUUAGACUUUUAAUUAAAUUUAGUUUGAACCCGAUCGAUCAGCUGCAUAUUGAGACCAGAGCUAAGAUGCUGAUCUAAGCCGAUUGGAAAGGUCAUGUGAAAGCUAUUUUCUAGGAUGUGGGAUACAUUUUCAGGACUUGUGUACGAAUGUUCACUGCUGCUAAAUGUGUUUCAUCUCAUGGUCACACUACUUCACAUCACAAUAAUAUUUGCCUGAAUUAAAGGCAACUCCUUUCAUUGCAUGAUUAUAUGAAAUCCUGACUUUACUCAUUCAUACAUAUUGAAAUCACUGGUCAGGACUUUAACGGUCCUUGUUGCUGUUCCCUUACAGUUAACAAAUUAAUAUAAUUUCUAUUUGAGUCCGAUGUUUAAAUUUUUUUGUUGAAAUGUGGGAAAUGUUAUGAAAUCUAGAUUUUCGAUUUUAUUGCAAGAACCAGACUCGGUUGGAGUCUGUUCUGUCAUGUGCUACAAUAUUUUGAAGGAUGCACUUUAUUACACUGUAAAUGUUUAUGUAGCAGCAGUGGAUUUCAUUCACUACAUUCUUCUUCUUCUUCUUCAUCUUUCGGCUGCUCCCUUUAAAUAUAUUAAAAUAAAGACAGGUGUGUGACUCAAUGGAUGUGAUUUUCAGAAAUGCUAAACAUCACCUAGGCUAAAUGUAAAAAAGUUGUGCGUUUAAACAAGAUGUAAAUCAAUAACUGCCACUCCAAGUAAAGAACUUUUAAAGGAUCAUUUCAGCAAUUUAAAAAAAAAAAGUGAUGUUCUUAACAUUGAUUGUAUUUAGAGAUGGACAACACAUCUCCACUUCCUCCCACCAUCCAGAAAUGAAGCCAAAAUAUCCAGGAUACAAACACUGCCAUCUUGCAUAUUUGAAGAGUCUCCUCAGUUGCAGAACACAUGCUCGACCAAUCAGGAGCCACUCUCUGCUGUCAAUCAGUA